CUCGGCUCUGGUGUUUCCCGUAUGAAAACAAGUCAGCGGUGUUUAGAUCUCACUCAGACCCGUCUUUAAGUUGCUUUUAGUGGCCUUUUGCGAAGCGAGCGGGUCUGACUUCAUGUUUGGACCUUUUAGAAAAGUUUCUGAGCUUCUUUUUUUAAAGUUGAAAAUGGAAGAGCUUACUUCUGAAUGUGGACCGUGAACGCAGCGCGACCUCAGGCAAACUAACAUCACAUCUCGUCGUUUAAGGACGGACUCAGCCAUGUCCCAGUCUGUCCCCCCGAUUCUCUCCAUUCACCCGAGUCGGGCUCUGAUGGAUGAGACGUUCAAGGUGCUGGUGGAAAAUCUACCUCCAGGAUCUCCAGUAACGAUCCGCUCCCUCCACCACUCUGAGGACCAUGACCACUGGGAGGCCUAUGGAUACUACAUCAGUGAUCACACAGGAAAAGUGUCUGUCUCAGAUGAUUUCAGUUUUGGGGGCACGUACACAGGAAAAGAACCCAUGGGUUUGCUGUGGAGCAUGCGUCCUGUCCCGGGCAGCCGCAAAGGCCUCAGGUUAAGAAAGACGGACGUCUGCUCCCCGAUGCUGAUCAACAUCUCGGUCUACAGUGGACACGGGGGCUUCAGGGAGCAGGCUCCUCUGGCCUCGGCGCUCUCAGAGAGAUGGUACAUGGCUCCAGGGGUCCGGAGGGUCGAAAUCAGGGAGAGAGGAGUGCGGGGGACCCUGUUUAUACCUCCAGGUCCGGGACCCUUCCCCGGGCUGUUGGACAUGUGGGGGGGUGGUGGAGGGCUCUUGGAGUACCGCGCUGCCUUGCUGGCGUCCCAUGGUUACGUUUCUCUGGCGCUGCAGUAUUUCGCCCCUGGUGAGCUGGAGUCAGCCGAGCUGGAGUUCCACUAUUUUGAGACGGCAUUUAACAUCAUCAGAGAUCAUCCUCAAGUGAUGCCAGACAGAGUUGGAAUCUUCGGCCUUUCCCUCGGCUCGGCUGUGACCAUGUACUUGGUAACUGAGAGCGCUGUUAUCAAACCUCGUUGUUGUGUUUGUGUCAGCAGCAACAUCUGUUAUCCACAAGGGAAGACCCUCGCUGGAUACCAUGAAGUGAUGGAACAGAACUUUGACAAGGUGCGUGUGGAUGAGAACAACCAUCAGAUUUGGAGAGAUAUGGCUCUGGCUAUUAUGAAUGGGCUGUCGAAAACAGUGGACGUGGGGAAAAUAAACUGUCCAGUGUUGCUGGUCAACGGUUCUGAUGAUCAGAACUGGCCUGUGAUGGAGUCGGCUGAGGUUAUGGCUCAGAUGAUGCGUGAUGCAGGUAAGGAGCACCUGCUGACCAGACUGAUGUACCCUGACGCAGGACAUCUGAUCGAGCCUCCAUUCUCACCUCACUUCAGGGCUACAAACUUUAUAGUAAGCAGCACAAAAGAAAAAGUGAUAUUACUGUGGGGAGGACAAACCAAACCCCAUUCGGACGCUCAGGAGGACUCGUGGAGGAAGAUCCUGAGUUUCCUGCAGCAGCAUCUGUGCUGCAGUCCGAGUCCCAAAGCAAAGCUGUGAGUGAUUUCGUGAUCACAGACUGACGGGAAACACAGCGCCGUGUGAUGAUUUACUACUUCAGCUCCACCACAUCGUACCCUGUGUUAACUCUGUGCUUUCAUUCUGAUGAACUGACGCUUUAUGGUCAUGAGUCACGUCUUUGUUUUUUUUUUUGUUUUUUUAAUAUUUGCUCAGUUUCUCUUAUAAUUACAAACUCUUAGUUUUUACAAGAUCUUUUUCAGGCUCUAACAACAUAAAGUAGAAAUAUUUUCUCAUUAUUGCAAGAUAGCAAAUAACAUAACUUUUAUAAAAAGAUCAUUUUCAAGAUAAAAGCAUAUUUAUUUAGUUUGUGUUUUGAUGACAUUUCCUCAUUUUAACAAGAAAGGUUUCCUGCAACUGAGUUUGGCUUCUGUUAAUAAGGAGAAAAUAUGUCAUAACCUGAAAAAUCUCUUGUAAGAACAAGAAUAUUCAAUUUCUGUCCCUGAAUCCUUCACACUGGAGUUUUAAUGUUGAAAGGAUGAUGUUGUUGAUAAUGACACUACUUGCACACUGUUGUGCUGUUAUUAGUUAACAGGGAACACAGCUGGAUAACUAAUGUUAUUCCAAUUUGUUCUAAGUAAAAAACAAACAAAAAAAAACAUGUAUUUACCCAAAUGAUGUCUUUAAUUUUUAGUUUAAUUUUAACCUCACUACGACUGCUCAUCACCUGGAGUCUCUGCACACUUCACGGGUUACAUGUAAACACCAGACACGUACCUUUAACAUUAAUUUACAUGAAUCUAUCCACUGUAAUCUGAAUCCUGACUGUGUAUUAGCAACACCUGCUAAAUAAAGUGCAGCAGCUCUACUGAUCUGA